AUGUUCCGGCGCAAACGGAGUGUUUCUCACGGCCCGAUAAAUCCAAAUCCGUCUCCUUCCGCACAGACUGCCGCUGUACAAGCGUUUCGUGCCUCCCAGGCUGCCAAUGCAAAUGCGAAGCUCUCAUCGUCCGCGGCCGCGGCUGCUCUACGAAAGCACACACCCACGCCAACCUCCGUUGAAGAUGUCCAGACCAAACGAAUGCUGUACAGGCAGCAGUCGGUCUCAUCCAUUGGGUCUCCGAGAGGUCGAGUGCAGCACAGCCAAGAUCUACCUUUACGCAGGGCGAGUAGCUUGGGCUUGAUGAGCAAGCGGACAUUUCGAGAUGCAUCCCCCGGCCGCACUUCUCCACUCGCCCUUGGGUCCAUGGGGCCCAAAGAUGAGAUUGACCCUGUGCCUCCCCUACCAAAAGUCUAUGUAGCAGCCGCUGCUACGGCGCAUCGUCGAAGCGUGAGUGGCGGACCUCCUGUGCGACGCACGAUUUCCCCUCAGAACCGCGCCAGUGGGCCAUUGCGAACUGGCGAACGGCAAUUAAGGCAGAGCUACAGUCAAUCCCUUGGGUCAGUUCAGGGUAGCCCAGUUCCAGCACUAUCAUCGCUGCAGAGACGCAACAGCAGAAGCUCUAUAAAUUUUUCAUACCCAAUCAAUGCGCACCCUAAUUCUCCACGACAAUCGUCAGUUAAGAAUUUUGCUACAGAUACUCCGUCAAUACGUACACUUUCCCCCGUAGAACCUGUUGCCCUGGACCUUAAACCACUUCCUUAUAUUUCAAAAAUGGAGCCCGUCGCCGAACCGAUAGACCAGAAAUCUGUGGAUGUUCCAAAACAAAAAACCAAACAGAAUACCCCAAAACAGCACGCAAAUAACCCAAGCAUAAAAUACGAAAUUGCACAGGACAACGAAAUAUAUCGCGAACGAGGCCUUACAGCUGAGUCGCCGAUAGCAAACGGCCUAGAUUCAACCAAGCAGCUUUUGGCACAUUCUCCUAACCGGAACAAAUCGAGUGUCGGAGAGGAACAUCAUACGGAACAAAGUUCUAAGAUUCCAUUCUGUGCCUCAGAUGAAUUCGAAUGCAACCGUGCUCAUAAACUCGCUGAACAAUCAGCCUCAUCAAGAGAUCGGAUGCUUCACGAACAAGGUGUGCAACGGUAUCAAGAGUCGCCUAUUCUGACUCCCAGCUCACCGUCACAUUCCUUCUUACGAAGAAUUCCCCCGGACCCGGCUAAAGACAGGUCUGGGGACCACACUCCGACUGAGAGGCCCCCGUCUCUUAGCCCAACCAGGUCCACGAGGUUUUCAGAACGUUUGGAGAUUGUUUUUCCUGGCGAUCACCUCCAUGAACCUCCACCUCGUUCAAAGUCUCCAGCAAAAUCAGCCUUGAAGCCUACGGCUUCAAGUCACAACGUCACACCCGACCGCUUGACAACUACACAACACCUGAAAGCAGGCGAUGCACCUAGUGAAUCCGACGCCACGUCAGUAGUUUCCGAUGAAGGUUCGAAACUUAGCUGGAAGAAAAAGCCGAUAAAAGUCAGUUUUGGAGACGAGGCUGAGGUCGCAGGCACAGUCGCCAGUCCUCCAACCUCUCCAGAUUCAAUAGUUCCCUCAAGCCCACAACAAACCUGGAAUGGCAGCCUUCGCGGAAAGUGCGAUUACCUUGAUGACUUUGAAGAAGUUUUGAAGCCCCGUCCGGCCCUACCCUCGUUUGGGAGCAUACGAGGCCGUCGGCGGUUCGAAGAAGAUGAGGAGGGUGAAUUGACUGUUCGCCCAGAAAAUAGCAGACCAUCGUUAGCGGACUCGGUGUUUAGCGAGUCAUUUUCAAAUGACUUUGCAAUUGGCGGGUUAUUAGCGAAAUCAGGCGAACAACGACAUAAAAGUGCCAAUAUGCCAUUGUCGCCGGAAGUUGGCUCAGUUGAUGGAACUGGUGUUGACUCUAUCUCAUUGACUGAAUCGUCGAGCGAUGACGCAGAUCCAAAUGAAUUCAUUUUACCGGGACGGAGUAUUUCGGGCUUACCAGUCGCCCUAGAUACUGGCCCGUAUAGCCAACAGCCCACUGCAGAUGAAAGAGCUAACCAGGAAAUACCCAAGAGAGCUAAUCUUGUUGUACCUGUUAUUGCCAUUCAGCCGGCCACGCCCAUGCAUGAAGAACACCCAAAGUCAAUUUCAGGUCAAGACGAUAUUCCUGGUGCUUUUCCAGCCGCAGGAGACCAGGAAGAAAAGUUGGAAGAAACAGUCCAUAGGGAUAACGAAACGGACGAUGCUGCCUCUGACUCUGGUGACAGUGUAUACAGUGACGCUGCGGAAGAUCUUCCUGAUAUCGAAGGAGAUGGCUUUGGUUCAAUUAAUGCGAUUGUCUCCGACCAUUUACCGGUAAUUGCGCCUCUUUCUGGAGAACCCAACGUAGUGCAAACUGCUCUAGCAGAAAAUUCUAUCCCCGUUACACUUGAACCAAGUGUGGAAACCCCUUCGUUCAAAGAAUUGCCGGGGGCCCCAAAGUCACCGACUGGCCCCAAAAAGCAAAUGCUAGUGGAACCUGAUAGGCGUAUUGAACAGAAUGAACAACCCCCGAAGACAGCUCGCCCAGCGUUAACACAAAUGCCUCGAUCCAGAUUAAAUUGUAGCCCACAGAAGAGUCGUGUCGAUGUUGAGACAUCGCAGGAACAUUUCGCGGAACAACAGCCUGGGUUAAAUACUUCCCACGCGGUCUCAACAGUCAAACAUCUUGAUGGGCAAUUGUCUCCUACUACCACUAAUGGUCGUGAUAUACCAUCAUUCUCCCCCGUCCCAAGCCCUAAAAAACAGAAGCCUGCAGAUGGCCACAAUGCAACGGGUAAUAAUUUUAAUCGGCAGCGGCUUCAAAGAAUCCCAUCAAACGGCAGUGAUUCUUCUAGUAGCUUUAAACGAGAACGACGGUCCCCUAAGGAUAUCGGUGUAUACACAUUGAGGAGAACAAUGAGAAAUGGUCCAGGGCCUCUAAAGCCAGAACCUAGCGAAGAACGACGGCAUACUUACCUGUCUAUCUCUAGCUCCCAGCAUCAUCGCCCGUUUUCUUCUGGCGAUGGCCAUGGUGUUUUACGAACGACGUUACGAACUCCCGACUCAACAUCUCGCCGAAAGUCUACUUCAUCUCCAUUUACGAGCCUCAGAAAUCCUAGGUUUAAGCCCAGAUCCCCAGGAAGCCCCAAGGAACUUGGAUCUGGCUUCAAGUCCCGUUUUGAAGAUUCUAGCGAUGAUGAGUAUGAGUUGCAAACAUUUACACCCGUGCGUGGGAUUCCGCGAAGGAAAGACGAAGUGGAUGGCGACUCCACGGCAUUAGAAGAUAGUUCCGAUAGCGACUCUCCGCGGAAAACCGUUAGAAAAACUCGAUCUAUAUCAAAAGGAACUGACAUGCCCUCUAUAGCUGCUGCAAUUGCAAAGAAGAAGUCAGAGCAGAUGUUAUCUAAGGCUGGUAAUGGCGGGCUAAACAGCCCAAUGGCAUCGCCUCCCGCAACUCAGCGAAAGCAGAAGAAGAGCGUUCUUAGCCGUUUGCAUUUAUCAAGACGUCACUUUAGCGAUGAGACGAGGGUUAGAAAAUCAGCCGCGGAGAGCCCUGCAAGAAGGGAUACGGUCUUGGAACGCUCAGAAAAGGAACUAGAGAACAUACGGAAUACCAAAUUAUAUCAGAAAGAACCCGGGAUUCCAGAGAGCCACGGUAUGGAUGGGUUGACCUCGAAAGGGAAAUGGCCUCGCUUCUCUGCCCAGUCAUCGAGGCCAACAAAGAAACUAUCUCGUCAUCCAAGCGCUGCUGGGAAAAUAUCAUGGCCCUUACCAUCACCUGAGGAUGGUUCUCAACAUACCCGUGGACUCUCGCUGCAUGUCGGACCCAGCUCGCUUACGAACGCUGAUCCUCAUUCAAAGAAUGAGGUUAGUCGGCCUCAUACCUCUAACGGCGUAAGUCCUGGACCGUCAUUAGUUCCACCGGCCAACAUGCCGAGCAACCUUGAUUCUCAGUGGUCAUCACGACUACUACACCAUCGAGAUAAUCACAGCGACCCAGGCAGCAUGCUGAGAACCGACGCCCUCGAAGGUACCACAAAGAAAAAGAGUAGAUUCUCAAAAUUACGAAAAGCAUUCGGAAUGUCGUGA